ACCUUCAAUCCCUCAGUAUUUUAGUGGGUGGUGUAAUCUAUUUACUGAAUAUUUUGAAGAUAAGCCAUCCGACAAAUGUGCUUUAGGUGCUAUAAAUGAAUACUGUCAUACUCCAAGAGCAUUAAAAGAUAUCGCCAAAGGGUUUCUAGAAAAUCAAGAGGCAAGUUAUUCUUUACAAAUGAAAGA